AUGGCGUUGUCCCAUACAAAGGAGUACCAGUGGACCCGCGUCCUCUUCUUCCCGAUGAAGUUCCACGCCGAUGCCAUAGUGAAUUGGCCCGAAGAGCUUCCUCGCCAACAGCAACGAUCCGGGUCAUUCGUCGUGGUCGGAAGAGAUUCUCAACCAAACCCUCUCGAAACCCACGACACAAGACAGAUCGCCUCCAUUGAUGGCCGCUUUGCAAGCUUCCUCACUCUUGAUCCCUUCUUCCUCUUCGGGUUCUCCUUCGAAGAGAAGGGUCUCCGCUUCAAUCCAUGUCCCGAAGCUCCUAAACUCCGCCUCUCUGAUGCGAGCUCGGCGAUGACGCGGAAGCUGGUGGAGGAGUUCAGCAACAGGAACGGUUACACCAUCACGGAGCCCUUGCAAAUGGAGGUCGUGGAGAAAGUUAGUCCUUCUGAGCGGCGCCGUUCCCCUAGCCGAUCGCCUACUUCUUCUGUCGAAACAACCACGAAGCUCUAUGCGAUCCUGGAGGCUGUUGAAGAUAGAGUGGAGAUGCACGAUAACAUCGGCAAGCAGCGGGACAACUGGAACAAGCUCCUAUUGAACUCGGUCAACAUGAUGACCCUCACUGCCACCACCACGGCGGCCAUGGCUGCGGCUGUGCCGGCUCCAUCACUGAAAGCAUGCUCUGCUCUCUUAUUUACUGCCGCCACCGGGAUGUCGCUCGUGAUGAGCAAAAUCCAGCCCUCGCAGCUGGCUGAAGAGCAACGCAAUGCCUCGAGGUUGUUCAAGCAGCUUCAGAGCGAGAUAAAGUCGAUGCUCGUGCAGCAAUCUCCGACUGAGUCAGACGUUAAGGAGACGAUGGAGAAGGUGCUGGCGCUUGAUAGAGCUUUUCCGCUGGCUCUGCUUGGAAAGAUGAUCGAGAAGUUCCCUGCGAAAUUUGAGCCCGCUGUGUGGUGGCCAAUGGUUUCCGGCCACCACCGCCAAUCCCAAGGGCACAAAACCUUCACGAACACUGAGCGAAACGGAUGGAGCGAGGAGCUGGCAGUGGAGAUGAGAGCAAUCGUCCAAGUCCUCAAGAGCAAAGACAAGAAAGACUACUUGAGGCUCGGAAAUUUAGCUCUAAAAUUGAAUAAGACGUUGGCGGUUUUGGGUCCCCUACUCACUGGGAUCGCCGCAGCCACCUCGACCUAUGGUGGCUCGACAGCCACAACAGUGGCAGCCAUUGCUGGUGCCAUGGCGGCAAUCAUCAAUGGCUUCGAGCAUGGAGCACAAGUCGGCAUGGUCGUUGAGAUGUACAGAAACAACGCGGGGUUCUUCAAGCUCAUGGAAGAGACGAUCGAAGCGACGCUCGAGGAGAGAGACUACGAUAAGCGAGAGAAGGCAGAGAUGUUCGAGAUGAAGGUGGCGAUGAAGCUGGGGCGGAGCUUGUCGCAGCUUCGAGACCUGGCAAGAAAAUCAAUGGCUUCUUGUCUACAAGGGACUGAGGUGGACGAGUUCGGAAGCAAGCUUUUCUGA